ACCAGAUGCUGCCCGAGCUCCUUCCUUUAUCUCGGAAGAUUUCUCUGGAGUUUGCAUAUGCAAUGGUCACUUCGAUGUCCCACAUAUACCGGUGGAGUUUACCGCUCUCCCAAAUGUGGUAGUUCAUUCUAGGGCAUAUGAUGGGCCAGAGCCAUUUAAAGGACACAGAGUAUGUAUAGUAGGAACUGGGCCUAGUUCGGCUGAUAUUGCUUAUGAAGUUGGUAAG